GCCGAGCAUGAAACUGGUGAAGUUCCGAAAAGGAGACAGUGUGGGCUUGCGACUAGCAGGUGGCAAUGAUGUCGGCAUAUUUGUAGCUGGUGUUCUGGAAGACAGCCCGGCAGCGAAAGAAGGAUUAGAGGAAGGGGACCAGAUUCUCAGGGUAAAUAACGUAGACUUCACAAAUAUCAUCAGAGAAGAAGCUGUCCUUUUCUUGCUUGAUCUUCCGAAAGGCGAAGAAGUAACCAUUUUGGCACAGAAGAAAAAAGAUGUUUAUCGUCGCAUUGUUGAGUCUGAUGUAGGGGAUUCUUUCUAUAUCAGAACCCAUUUUGAAUAUGAAAAGGAAUCUCCUUAUGGAUUAAGUUUCAACAAAGGUGAAGUGUUCCGGGUGGUGGACACUCUGUACAACGGCAAACUGGGUUCGUGGCUGGCAAUUCGAAUUGGAAAGAAUCAUAAGGAAGUUGAAAGAGGUAUCAUACCUAACAAAAACAGAGCUGAGCAACUAGCUAGCGUACAGUACACGCUUCCGAAGACAGCAGGAGGAGAUCGAGCUGAUUUUUGGAGAUUCCGAGGUUUGCGUAGCUCAAAAAGAAAUCUCCGAAAAAGCAGAGAAGAUCUUUCUGCCCAACCUGUUCAGACAAAGUUUCCUGCCUAUGAAAGAGUUGUUCUUCGGGAAGCUGGGUUUCUCAGACCUGUGACCAUUUUUGGUCCAAUAGCUGAUGUUGCCCGGGAGAAACUUGCUAGAGAAGAACCAGAUAUCUUUCAGAUUGCAAAAAGUGAACCAAGAGAUGCUGGUACUGACCAACGUAGUUCUGGCAUUAUUCGUCUUCACACUAUAAAACAGAUAAUCGAUAGAGACAAACAUGCUUUAUUAGAUGUCACUCCUAAUGCAGUGGACCGUCUGAAUUACGCCCAGUGGUAUCCUAUUGUAGUGUUCCUAAAUCCUGAUUCUAAGCAGGGUGUAAAGACUAUGAGGAUGAGGUUGUGCCCAGAAUCACGAAAAAGUGCCAGAAAGUUGUAUGAAAGAGCUCACAAGCUACGCAAGAAUAAUCACCAUCUCUUUACAACUACCAUUAACUUGAAUUCAAUGAAUGAAGGAUGGUAUGGAGCUCUAAAGGAAGCAAUUCAGCAACAACAGAACCAGCUAGUGUGGGUUUCAGAAGGAAAGGCAGAUGGUGCUACAAGUGAUGACCUUGAUUUACACGAUGACCGCCUUUCUUACCUCUCAGCUCCUGGUAGUGAAUAUUCUAUGUACAGCACAGACAGUAGACACACAUCUGACUAUGAAGAUACAGAUACAGAAGGAGGUGCUUAUACCGAUCAAGAACUGGAUGAAACUCUGAACGAUGAGGUUGGGACACCUCCUGAAUCUGCUAUUACACGUUCUUCUGAACCUGUUAGAGAGGAUUCUUCUGGAAUGCAUCAUGAAACUCAAACUUACCCUACUUAUGCAUCUCAAGCUCAGCCGCAGCCGAAUCUCAGAAUAGAUUCUUCAGGAUUUAAAACCACUACUUCUCAGCCGAAAGCAGAAGCCUCACCUGCAGUCCCUUACUUUUCCCCGUCGCCUGAAUCAAACCCUGCAACCUCAUCAACCUCUGCAGUAAAUGCUAAUGUAAACCUAACUAAUGUCAGACUGGAGGAGCCUACUGCUGCUCCUUACAACUCUUACCAACCACAAGCGGGCCCCUUAAGAACAUCAAGUACUGAGGGAGCUCAUAUAGUCCUAAGAGAUCAAGAGCCAUCAUCCUUAUCGCCGCGUGUAGAGCCAGCAAAGGUAUACCGAAAGGAUCCAUAUAUUAACGAAGAAGUAUCCAGACAAAGCUAUGUCUUAAAACAGCCGGCAAUUAAUCACCCAGUACAGAGACAGGAAAGAGACCCAAAUGUGAUAUAUGAAUCGCAGGCUCAGUAUGCAGAAAAACAGCCUAGCAGGGACUACGAGCAGUCGACGUACAGGUAUGAUUCUACAAACUACGUAGACCAGUUUUCUCGUGGCUAUGAUCCUCGCUUACAUUACGAUGACCGUGUGCCUCCCUACGAGGAGCACUGGGCAUAUUAUGACGAGAAACAGCCCUACAACCAGGCAAGAACAGCCUAUGAAAACCAGCCUCCUAGGGAUCUUGAUUCCAGACAAAAUCUAGAAGAGAGCACAGAACGCAGCUACUGUCCAGCACAACCUCGUUUUGAGGAACCCCCUCCCAUGAGCUUUGAUGGCAGACCUCGCUACGAGCACGCACCCAAGAACUUCAGCUUACCGCAGGUGCGAUACGAAGAUCAGCAUACCGUUGGCUACGACACGCACGGUCGAUUCAAAGCAGAAGCUCAGCCAUACCAGUCAGCCAUAUCUGGAUCUCCUGAACUGAAGCAGUACUUCGAUCCGCAUCUAAGGGGCUAUGAACAAGGUCCUCCUCAAGCUUAUAAUGCUAAAGCUGGACAGUAUGAGCCUUCUCAUAGCAGUUCAGGUGUUUCUCUUCCUCCUCCCCCUUCAUCACAAACCAAACCAGAAGUUUUGCCUUCUAACAGUAAACCACUGCCUACACCGCCAUCUCUAGCAGAGGAAGAGGAAGAUCCAGCCAUGAAGCCACAGUCUGUGCGAAGUAGGGUUAAAAUAUUUGAAAGAAGAAGAUCACCGUCUCUGGAAAAAAUGAAGGACCCAAGUGAUGCGUCAGCUGUGAAGCCUCCAGAACUAGCACCUAAGCCUACGCUCACAGCUGUGAGUGGUCCAAAACCAGCUUCUCAAAGCCAGUAUGAACAAGACAAAGCGACAUACAGGGCCCCGGAACCACAGAGACCUCAAGUGAAGCCACCUGAAGAUAUUGUACGUUCAAAUCAUUACGAUCCUGAAGAAGAUGAAGAGUAUUAUCGAAAGCAGCUCUCCUACUUCGAUCGCAGGAGUUUUGAAAAUAAGCCAUCUGCACAGGUUCCUGCCAGCCACCAUUCUGAGCCCACUAAACCAAUACAUUCACAGAAUCAGCUGAAUUUCACCAACUACUCUAA